AUGGACUCCAAAGAUUUAGUAACAACAGCCUCUACUGAACAAACAGUAAUAAAUAAUAAAAACUCUGCGUUUAAAGAUAUACUGAAUGGGUCUAUUGCAGGUGCAUUUGGAAAAUUUAUAGAAUAUCCAUUUGAUACAGUUAAAGUCAGGCUACAAACACAAGGAGCUAAGAUGUUUCCAACCACUUGGUCCUGUAUAAAAUAUACAUACCAACAUGAAGGUAUAACCAAAGGAUUUUUCCAAGGAAUUGGAUCUCCGUUAUUUGGUGCUUCUUUGGAGAAUGCUACUUUAUUUGUCGCAUACAAUCAAACCUCUAAAUUUUUAAACAAGCAUACUAGUGUUAACGAAUUGAUUAAUAUUAUUAUAUCCGGUGCUAUCUCUGGUUCGUGUGCCAGUUUCGUUCUGACCCCUGUGGAAUUAAUUAAAUGUAAACUACAAGUGGCUAAUUUAGCUAAUAGUGUUCCAGGUGCUGAACAAAGAACUACUAAAAUUUUCCCUACUAUAUCAAAUGUAAUUAAGGAGAGAAGCCUGCUGGGAUUAUGGCAAGGACAAUCUGGAACAUUUAUCAGAGAAUCAUUUGGUGGGGUUGCAUGGUUUGCCACAUAUGAAUUAAUGAAAAGCAAGUUAAAGGAAAGACAUCCGGAUAAAGAAAAUAAGACUUGGGAACUAUUAGUUAGUGGUGCUAGCGCAGGUGUUGCCUUCAAUGCUAGCAUCUUUCCUGCUGAUACAGUCAAAUCGAUUAUGCAGAUUGAUCAUAUUUCUAUGAAAAAUGCUAUUAGAAAAGUAAUUACAAAAUAUGGAGUUACAGGAUUCUAUCGUGGUUUAGGUAUAACGUUGAUCAGGGCUGUGCCUGCGAAUGCUACUGUAUUUUAUACAUAUGAAACCUUAUCUAAACUAUGA